AUGUCGGCACCUCUUGCAAACUCCCUUCAAGGACCUCGCCGCUCACCAAGACGAUCCAAGAAAGAUUCCAACUCAAUGGCUGCCCAAAGCAACGUAUCGAGUUCUGAAACAUCCCCUCCCACACUAGCUGCCGAAAUAGCAUGUUCAAAACCCCCUUCCACGAACGAGCCCAAGCCCAAGAGCCAAGCUACAGCCUCAAAGAAGAAGUCACAGGGAUCGAAGAAACAGAAUAAUAGUCCAGAAUCAAACCGCCCAAAACCAUAUGCGCAGACGUCAUCUCAAAGCAAUCUGUUGUCACCGGACAGGAAAGCAACGCCAUUGAAGCAGGCCUACGCAGGCCCCACUUUUCAUUCUUCCCCAGCUGCAUCAUCACUGCCGAUGCCGAGCUUCUACUCUAAAUCCUUGCCUACUGUCUCUGCAAGCCCUCGCUCAAUAACAACAAAUCAGCUUGAUGGGGAAGGACCUGCAGAUUCUGACAUAGAAACAUUGAUGCCUAUUAAUUCCGAGGGUUCAACGCUAAGAGGUAGAGAGCCUUCACCUUUGGAUUUCAUGUUUGAAGCAGCCCGCAAAGCCAGGGAUUCGCCCAAGACCCAGAGUCCGGACUUUCGAGCAGGUCGUCUCUCCCCAUUCGAUGAUAUCCCCAAAACAAUGUCUCAGACACCCGGCGACCCGUCAUCCGAACCCGUUUUCCCAUUUGAACUUGACGGCAAUGGGGGACGGCCACUGUCGAUUGGGCCUUCGUUCGCUACGCCCUACAGAGAUCGCAUUGAAGCUCUUCGAUCACCAAAAGCCCAGUCCGUUACUCCUAUCCAAGGCUUGGGUGAGAAGGAGCGCAGGGAGAAAAGUGAAGCAUUAAAGCGGUUCUUGACUAAUGGUUCGCCACAAAGCUCGCCCCACAAGCCCGACAUGAACAGCUACUUUCCAGAUCGAGCGUCUGACGCUCAAUCCGCUAGUCCAACUUUUAGUCGUCAUCGAUCUGGUCCACCAACUCCACAAUAUGGGAUUCAACCUGGCCCUGUUCCACGGCAUUACUUCCAGAAUGUGCCGGUUGCAACGCCAGAGCGCGGGACUCCAAUUCCACGACCUGUUUCUUCUCAUCUUAGACGCGAGUACCAACCAGACGACUACCAAGCACCAGCCGAACUUGACUCAGACUCCGGCGCCUCCUCGUAUUUUCCAGCAGCUCUUCAAAACAAUCGCCGUUCCGUUUCUGGUCAGAACAUUGGUAAUCUCGGAAGCCGUCCCCAAUAUUCAAUGCCGAAUCAGAAAAUACAGAUGACAACGUCUCACAGCGCACAGAAGCUCGAAGACGAUUUACGUCGUGUUUUGAAACUUGAUCUUACCUCCAGCACUUGA